AUAUAUACUGCGUGGCAACAACGUUUGCGUUCAUUCGAGAAAAAAUACAGAGCGAGAAGGAAGGACGUAUUGGAUCCUAAUAUUUAAUCGGAUCUCAGUGAACGCUAUGCAGAUCAUAGAAGAAAUGGCUGAUACCGAAGAAGUUAAAAUGAAGAAAACACGUAGAGGAAAGCGAUGUGGUCGUCGCACAAGGCGAGGUGAGAAGAGUUGGGACGAAAUGGCCCAACCUUCCUUCAGUUCAGACAUGGACACGAAAAGCGUGAAAGGGAGAAAAUUUUAUGUGAGACCAAGGUAUAGUCCCAAAGCUCCACAUAAUUCAACACAGUUUAUAAUGGACGAUCAGCAUCAUUGUUUGGUUAACAGUGAACACAUUUUCGAUUUCUCAAGAUGUGACGAAAUGUCUAUCUAUUGUAACGAUGAAGACGCAUCAAAAGGAAGUGCCCAGGGAUCUCCUAGUUCAGAAUGCGAUUGCACUAGCCCCCAUUCAUGUUCCUGGGAAAACGAACUCAAUAAUUUGCAGUUAAAUUCAUCGCAGUAUAUGGCAAAUGACUUUGAGUCAUUUUACAAUCAGUUGAGAGCAGAAGAACUGUCGAAAUUGUCCAAAGAUGAACUUGUAGAGGAAAUAUUGUCCAUGGAAGAGAAAGUUUCCGGUUUCGAGGAGAGGAUGCAGAAAAUGCAAAGGAACACCAAUACGUUGUCCCCAGCAAAACAUGGACCUACAUCACCAGGAUUGUGUAACCCAGAAUUACCACGAUAUGUGAAUGUGAAAGCACGAUCUACAAACCAUAUGUCGAGUCUACUAAAAGAACUAGAAUUGCUAAAGCAGGAAAAUAGGAACCUGAAGCAGAAACAAGAUUCAUUAUUAUCAUAAUUAAGUCAUUUCAGUGUGUUAUCAAUCAUGUAUUUUAAGAUUUUGUUCUGCUUUUACGUUUGUGAUAUGAUCAUGGAAGUAACUUUAUUAUAAGAUUGAGUACUUUCAUGAAUGCUUCAGAAGCAUUUCAUCAUUUGAGAACAAAGUUUUCAGUUAGCCAAAACAUUUGCAAGGAGUAUGAUGAAAGAAGAACUAUUGCGGAACUUUUAUUUUUAGACAUAACUAUAAAUAUUUUAAGAUCAAACAUCAACAGUGUAAUAAUGUAUGAGACAUUGGAUGUUUUAUGAUCUUAACAUCUAUGUACUAAAGAAUGGUUAACUUCAUGGAUGUGAAUGCUUGUCUUGAGUCAAGCUUUGUUUUAUGUAUAUAAAAUGAUGUUGGAAUGAAAUUAUAUGUUUGUCGUCAUGUUCUGAACUACUUAUUACUAUUGAGUUUUUCCUUUUCAGCACUUGAGAUACCCGGUGAGCCAGCAGCUGUUCACUGUUCCGCUAUGGACAUGGGUUCGAGUGACCAGCUUGGUCAUUCACUCCGUGGACAGGAGGUAACACUGGUCUUGAGUGUCAUUUAAGUAGCUUUAAGUUAUAACUUAAGUUCAAUCUGGGGUUGAAUUGAAAAGUUUUCUAUAGCCAAUGCAGUAACUUCUCUCAAGUUAAAAUUGAAGAUGUUGCAAGAACAUGAUUUUAUCAGUAUUCAAAUAGACUUUCUUCUGUACUGCAUAGUUCACUAUGAACAUUUAAGACAUUGUGGUAAUGUUUUUUAAUCUAAACACGUCUGAAGCCUUGGCCCAAUCAUAAAAUUUUGAUGCAAUAAAUCACACAGGAACUACACAAAAGUAGUUUUGAUAUGUAUGGCUUUCAAGUUUGUUACGCUAGGCAACAAAACUUUUCACUUCAAUCCUUUCAAAUGCAGACAUUUACUUCCAAGUAUCUAAGGUUUUGAUUAACCUGUGAUAUCAUGUGUGCAUAAACCCCUUAUUCUGUUUUUAUUUUAUCAACAAUAUUUGUUGCAGCGGUUUCCAACUACAGUGAACUGUGCUGGCUGAUGGUGCCAAGACAUGAGUAUGAGGGUAUUGUCAGUUGCCCAGCAACGAUGGAAAAUUACCUUUUCUUUUUUUUACUAUUUUUCGUUAAAGAAAAGUCUGAAGAGGUAUAUAUGUCAUAAUGAGAAGAAUAAUCUUUAUUUCAUGGAUGCAUGAGCAAAACAGAUUUAAUAUAUAUUUCAUUUUGCAAGUAUGUAGAGGAAUGUACAAUAACAUGCUCAUUGCUGGUAUUUACAUCUUGUGAGGUGUAGAUAAAAUAGAGGAAUGCAGACUAGACUCCUGGCGUUGAAGGGACUCGUCCAGGAUGCUGAUGUACUCCUGGAACUUGUCUCUAGCAGACUGGCUGGCACACACUGAAAAAUGGUAUCAAGAGCUGACACAUGCUACACAUCAGUUUCAUCAUUACAGCGGAUGUCAUACAUUAAGAUGGGAAGGAUGGAUUGACCCCAACCCUUAAAGGACACACACUUGUGUGUUUGUAAAGAUCCACAGCAGAAAUUAACAUUUCUUGAUAAAGGGUCAGGUUACAUAUGUUAGUUUGUUCGAUCAGCAGGGCUUGUUCCACAAAACAUUUUCAGUACAAGGCCAAUUCAUGAUUUCCUAGUAGCAAUGGUGUACAGGUCAACCACACAUUUGUUAACUUGGUGAAAACUCAAUUACAUGUCGUAACUGAUAAAGUUACCAGUGACUAUUUCCUGCACAAUAACACACAUACUUAACAUGUUAGGACAUGUGAACCGUUACCUAUCAUUGCAUCGAAUUCAAUGGUUGACAGCAGAGUUACAACCGAUUUUAAAAACAAAAAUCAAAUACAUUUAUGGCAGCUUAUUUUCAUUUCUGAAGUAUGGCUGCCAAAGAUCAGUGGAAGAUUGACUUAUUAUUCACACACAUUCCCUAAAGCAGAUUAGGGACAGCUAUACCAUGUUACCAAGUGGCCAGUCCAAAGCAGAUCCCCACCCCUACACUCCUAUGUUACAAGGUCCAUCAUAUUAUUAGAGGUAAUCUCUAACAAGGUGAGUAAUCAUGUAUUUCUGAAGUCAAGGGAGCUGUUUCUGCCAUGAAUAUAUCAUUGAAUAAACAGUAAUGGUACCUAA